UAAGGUAAAAGUCAAAAGAAAGCAAAGAAAAUGAAAUAAACACCGGAAAGCCAAGGAGGGGGAACACAGAUUUCUGUAAUUUUGAGAAAAAAAAAUAAACAAAAAUUCAAAUAAAAUAAAUUGCUCCUUCUCUGCUAGUUCAAACCAACCCACCUUCAUCGCCCCCUGUUUGAAAGAAUUUUACCUAAAAUUUUAUGUAGUUUUAUUUUCAUUGACCUGCUGUUUUGUAAAAUUUUCCCUUUUCAUCCUCACCGGAAGCCUGAUCGCCGGGGAUUAAAUAUCGUUUCAGAUCAGGAACAUCCUGAUUGGCUAGAAGGAUGAUACGUGCAUAAAUGUAUGGUUAAUCAGUGUCGUCGCCGGUAUCGAAACCGUCGUUGGGACGACGAGCUGAUUGCGAGGCGAAAUUUUAGUUUACCCGGUGGUUUUUAUUAAUUCGUUGAUGGGCGAUCUCAGAGAUUGGUCGCUUGAACUAAACGGCGCCGUGUUAGAAGAGAGGCCGCUAUCGUCUCCGUCGUUAGUUCCCUUAAAUCAAACGGAAAUUGGUGCCGAGUACUGGCAAAAAGCUGAGGAAGCAACGCGGGCGAUCAUUGCCAAGGUCCAGCCCACUGUUGUCUCCGAAGCAAGAAGAAAAGCAGUUAUUGAUUACGUGCAAAGAUUGAUUAGAAACCGUCUUAGUUGUGAGGUAUUUCCAUUUGGUUCAGUGCCAUUGAAGACUUAUCUCCCUGAUGGAGAUAUUGAUCUGACCAUCUUUGGUGGUCCAAAUGUGGAGGCUUUGGCCAGUGACGUGUGUUCUGUUCUUGAUAGAGAAGGUCAAAACAGGGCUGCAGAGUUUGUAGUGAAGGACACCCAACUAAUCCGUGCUGAGGUUAAACUUGUAAAAUGUCUGGUGCAGAACAUUGUGGUAGAUAUCUCCUUUAAUCAGUUAGGAGGAUUGUGUACACUAUGCUUUCUUGAGCAGGUUGAUCGUCUCAUUGGUAAAGAUCAUCUCUUUAAGCGCAGUAUUAUACUAAUCAAAGCUUGGUGCUAUUAUGAGAGUCGAAUUCUUGGUGCUCAUCAUGGCUUGAUUUCUACAUAUGCCUUGGAGACAUUGGUUUUGUAUAUUUUCCGUCUAUUCCAUUCAUCAUUAAAUGGUCCUUUAGCGGUUCUGUAUAAAUUUUUGGACUACUUCAGUAAAUUUGACUGGGACAACUACUGCAUCAGUUUAAGUGGACCUGUUCGUGUUUCCUCCCUACCAGACGUCGUAGUUGAGACACCUGAAAAUGGUGGACAGGAUCUUUUGCUCUCUACUGACCUAAAGGUCUGUCUAAAACAGUUCUCUGCUCCUUCAAGGGGCUUUGAAACAAAUUCACGAACAUUCUCUCCAAAGCAUCUCAACAUAGUUGAUCCACUGAAAGAGAAUAAUAACCUUGGCCGCAGUGUGAGCAAAGGGAACUUUUAUCGUAUAAGGAGUGCAUUCACAUAUGGGGCUAGAAAACUUGGGCGCAUACUUUCCCAACCAGAGGAAAGCUUAGCUGAUGAACUCCACAAGUUUUUCUUUAAUACUCUGGAUAGGCAUGGAAGUGGACAGAGACCUGAUGUUCAAGACCUUGUCCCAUUAACUAGAUUUGGUGCCACAUCAACUUUUUCAGGCACAGAGUCAUGUGAAGACCAGACUAUUUAUGAAUCAGAAUCCAGCAAUUCAAGUGGCAUAACUGACAAUGGUAGGUUAGAUCACAAAGCACAGUUGUGCGGUGGUCUCAUUAACAUUAAGAUGUGUGAGACUGAACCGAGUGAAUGCAGAACCAUGAAUGAAUCACAUGGCUCUGUGGAUAGAACAGCUGUUUCAGAAGUCCGUCUUUGUGGCGAUGCAAAAGACCUAGCUACCUCCAGAAUUCAGGAUCUUAAAAUUACUAAUGGUGCCUCUAGGUCUUCCUCUCCAAUUAUUGAAGAGAACACUUCCCUUGUGGGUAAAGCACAUCAUGCACCAUAUCUAUAUUUUACUUCUUCACCUACCGAAAAUGGAGAAGUGGGAAAUGGAAAUAUAGAGUGGAAACAGCCAGCAAAUUUUGGUUGUGCUGAGAAGCACUCGACUGCUGGGGUUCUUCAUGCACCAUGCAAGGAAAACAGCUUAAUUGUACCUCGUUAUCAGGAUGAUGGUGCUAUGCAUGAUGUUCUAUCUCCAGCUGGAUCAAAAUACUAUCCAAUAAUGAGUACAGUUGGUUGCUCCUCAGAAGAUUUUAAUUAUGGUUACAGUGGUUAUCAGGCAUCAUCUAUGACUUCUGGAACACCGAAAGCAUUAUCUGAUCUCAGUGGGAACUAUAACAGUCAUCUUAUUAGUUUGCAUCAUGGCUGGUUGUGGCAUGAGCAUACCUUGAAUGCAUCCUACUCUUCAGUGCCUCCACAGUUGCUUUCUCAGAUCCAGAACAAGAAUUCUUGGGAUGUAAUGCAACAGUCACUACCUGUCACGAGAAAUAGUAUCCCCCAUGCCAAUGGCAUUGUUCCAAGACCCCUUUUUUAUCCCAUGAAUCGACUGAUUCUGCUUGGUCAAAACUUUGGUAUGGAAGAGAUGUCAAAGCCUCGAGGAACUGGGACAUAUUUUCCUAACAUGAGCCAUUAUAGGAAUAGAUCCUUGACUUCAAGGGGAAGGAUUCAAGCACCAAUUAGGUCUCAUCGUAGCACUGGCCGUGCUACGAUGCACCAUGAAACAAAUUUUCCCGAGGGAAGCAGCCAGGAGUUGGCAACAGAACAUCUUAAUGCUCAUCAAGGUGGUGGAAAAAAUGAACUUUUAGAUAUCUGCCGCUCUAGUUCCCCUGAGAAAAGGCCACAACCUAAUUCCAAUGGCUCUAGUCAUCCAACAGAGGGGACUGUGGAAUUUGGAUCAGUUGAAGUAGUACAUCUUUCUGUUAGGGCAACCCCCCUCGAGAGCAGUAGACAACCAAACUCAAGCUUAAGUCACUCUUCACCAACAGACAAAAAUUCCAAACCUUUAAUUGACAAUGAUCAAGAUAGAUCAAACCUUUUGAAAGACGAAGAUUUUCCCCCUUUAUCUACCUAUGGCAGUCAGUGAGAAAGGAUUAUGGUUAAGUUAAUAGGUGAGUAAAUGCUAACAGACCAGCCUGUGCCCAAGCUUUCUAUGGCUUUUCCUAUGGCCAUUCCUAAAAUUGGAGUUGAUUAUUCUGUGUAGUUGAAAGGCAUUUUUGUACAUUCUACAGCUGCUAAUUAUUUUUAACACAAAAUCUUGAUAGCUGUGCAUUGGUUUGAGUUGUUCAUGAAUAGGAUGGUUUUAACCAGGUUUCUUUUUCACCAUGUCACCCAUCUUAUGUCAAAUUAUAGAGACUCAAACAGUGUUGUCGUUGAUGUAUGAUGUAGCUGAUACAUUUCUAGAAAUGCUGUUCUUUUGCAGUUGUAAUAGCAUUAACAUUUUUGGCUUUUCUGCUUGAAGCUCACAAUGAAUGUAUUUCUAGAAAUUGAUUCA